AAAAAGGGCCAUCUAAUCCUCUAUGGGGAGAAACCCAGCAGGGAUGUGGGGAUACAACUCUACUCUUGUUGUUACGUAUAAUAAAACAUUGAUGACAUUUAUAACCAUGUCCUCUUCUAACCCUCUCAUCUGUACUUAAUUCUCUCUGCAAUAUAUUUUAUCAUAGACACUUUACCAACAAAAAAACAGAGGAGAUGAGAUACGUUCGUACAGGUAGCUUAAAGAGGUUAUUCUCAUUUGGAAGGCAGAGUAGUUUUGAUGGUGAUUUCCCAAAAGCUUGUCCUUUCAAUGAAGAAGUAGAACAAAAUAAUACAACACAGAUACCUCGUCGACCCACAUGGAAAUGCUUCUCUUUUCAAGAAAUAUUUCGUGCCACCAAUGAUUUCAGUUCAGAAAAUAUUGUUGGGAGAGGAGGGUAUGCAGAGGUGUACAAAGGAGUAUUAGAAGAUGGGGAAGCAAUAGCUGUAAAAAUGCUGACAAAAGCGACCGAUGAUGAGAGAAAAGAGAAAGAGUUCUUGACAGAAAUUGGGACACUUGGUCACGUGUGUCAUCCCAAUGUGACAUCACUGCUUGGUUGUUGUAUUGAAAAUGGACUUUAUCUCAUUUUUCAGUUUUCCUCUAAAGGCUCUGUUGCUUCUAUUCUCCAUGAUGAGAAAUCAGCCACUAUGGACUGGGAAACAAGGUACAAGAUUGCAGUUGGAACUGCAAAAGGUUUAUAUUAUCUGCAUAAAACUUGUCCUCGAAGAAUAAUUCACAGGGAUAUCAAGGCUUCGAACAUUUUGUUGAGUGAGGAAUAUGAGCCACAGAUAUCAGAUUUUGGACUGGCAAAAUGGCUUCCAUCACAAUGGACCCAUCAUUCCAUUGUUCCAAUUGAAGGGACUUUUGGGCACUUAGCACCAGAAUAUUUCAUGCAUGGAGUAGUUGACGAAAAGACAGAUGUUUUUGCAUUUGGAGUGUUCUGCUUGGAGCUCAUUUCGGGGAAAAAGCCAGUUGACAAUUCCCAUCAAAGCUUACAUAGCUGGGCAAAACCUCUUUUGAGCAGAGGAGUUAUAGAAGAAGUUGUUGAUCCUGGGCUAGAAGGGACAUUUGAUUCCACACAGCUUUGUAAACUUGCCUUUGCUGCUUCUCUUUGCAUUCGUGCUUCUUCUAUAUGGCGCCCUACCAUGAGUGAGAUUCUGGAGAUAAUAUUGGGAGGUGAAGUUGAUAAAGAAAAAUGGAAAAUGCCAGAAGAGGACGAAGAACAAGAAGAGUUUUGGGGUUUUGAGGAUCUUGAAUGUGAAUGUGAAUGUGAUAGUUCCUUCUCAACUUCCCCACAUGCCACAUUCUCAACCAGAAGCUCAUAAAUUCAUAUCCACAUAUUCAACAUCAUUUGCUAAAGUAUUUAUGAGAGUACUACAUAACUGUAUAUGUAAGUGCUAGACAUUUAUAGAUAACACUUAGGGGGUUAGUUUACUAGUCAUAGUACUACACUAAAUUUUAAAUUUUGAGGUUUUGAAACUUCGGAUUUAUGUUUGUUACUUUACAAAAACCCGCAUUUAGUUAAUUAAUGUCCAUAUGUAAAAUAAAACGAUUGGAAUAAUUGAUAUCAUUGAUACUGAUAUAUAUACUUCGUGACUCCA